AUGAACGAUAACACAAACCAUGGGCCAAAGCCCUUCCCCUCUUUCUCCCAACUCCUUCUUGCCCUUCCCUCUUUAAAUCCAGAUUAUAUAUCCACCAAAGCCUUCAGAUCCCACAUCGAACAAGGGCACAUCCUCGACGCGGGUGUCCUUUCCCAGCACCUCUCUGACGACAUCAAGCGCUUCUCAUGGCUCGAAUCAUUCCUAUUACCAUACCUCAGAGAUCUGGCCGACGCACGGGAGCGUAUAGCCUACCAAAAAUGUCUCCUCUCCCCCAUCCGCCGCGUCCCCAUCGAGAUGAUCCUCCAAUCCAUCUUCCUCGCUUGUCUUCCUGAGGGCUUUGUUGAAGCUGAUCCUCAAGCCGCCCCGUUGCUCCUAUGCCAAAUAUUUGACACCGAUCGGGGAUGCGACCCGAUGCCUGAUGUAUAUUCUUCCACCACCUUUCACGCUGGAAAUCUGUGCACAUGUGUCUCCGCGACCUUCUUUACUACGAUCAUCUCUUACAACCCAAGGAUGCGGUUUUCACAGGGCCUUUCUAAGGUGCUUGAAACUCUCGAGCUGUGCUUCCCGCCUGAUAGCAUCGACGACCGAGCCCAUCUGGGAUUCAAGAAUCUGGUGCCCAUGAUCCAGUGGAACUCCUCCCCACGGCUGCACACGUUGACGCUCAACGCGACGACUUCACAGCAUGUACUGCUAAUUCUGACGACGUGUCCGAACAUCCGCGACUGCGAGUUGCACGUCAAUGAUGAGAAUGUGUUCGUGAUUCCAGAGGAAAAACUCGCCCUUCCACAUUUACACACAUUGAAUAUCCGAGGGCGGAUAUCGAUCUUAAAUAUUAUCAACGCCAUUACCACUCCCUCUCUCCGAAUUUUCACCAUGAAAGGGGAGAAGCGGUGGUCUCAAGCAAGCUUCCAGGCCUUAAUCGACCAGUCCUCUUGCUCCAUUGAAGAAUUUUCAAUGGUAAACGUAGAUAUCAGCGCCGAGUACUUGCUCCGCACCUUGGAGUACAUUGGCACCACCGUCAAGGUAUUACGCCUUCAUUUUUAUCCCGACCGAUACACCACGGCAAGGCCGAUCUCGGACGCGGUACUCCAUGGUAUCGCGUCUUACCUCCUUGCCCCGAAUUUAGAAGUACUUGGAUAUGGGACUGGAUAG